AUGUGUGACAUGAGCGCUCUCGAUAACCUGGUGGCCAACACGGCCUACCUGAAGGCUCAAGGCGGAGACGAGAAGGAGCUGCGGAAAAGACGUCAGAGUCUUUCCCUUCCCAAACCGGGAAACUGCGCGUCCAUCAGAGCAUCCAUGGAACAGGACUUCGAAAUCCUGUGUGAACUCCAGCCCAUUGGGAAGAAGUUAUUCAGACAGUACCUGAACGGGUCGCCCGAGUACGCCGUCGCCGCAGAGUUCCUGGAUGAGCUGAACGACUGGGAACUGGCUGAAGGUGCCGCCAAGGACAAAGCGUGCACCAACAUCAUUAACCAAUUCUGUAAGGAAGGAUCCAAGAGCUUCCUGUCCUGUCUGACCGGAGACGCACUGGAGAAGUGCAAAGCAGUGACGGAGAAAGAUUUUGAAGUCGUGAUGACAGGAAAUAUAAAAGAGGCCAUCAGAGAAUUCCUCAAAGGAAAGCCGUUCACAGAGUACAAGCUGAGCCCGUUCUUUGACACGUUCCUGCAGUGGAAGGAAUACGAGAAGCAGCCCAUCACUGACAAAUACUUCUACGAGUUCAGAAUGCUUGGGAAAGGUGGAUUCGGGGAGGUUUGUGCAGUGCAGGUGAAGAACACAGGUCAGAUGUAUGCCUGCAAGAAGCUGUGCAAGAAGCGCUUGAAGAAGAAGCAGGGGGAGAAAAUGGCCCUGCUGGAGAAGAUGAUCCUGGAGAAGAUUAACAGCCCGUUUAUCGUCAGUCUGGCGUACGCCUUCGAAACCAAAACCCACCUGUGUUUGGUGAUGACACUGAUGAACGGCGGCGAUCUAAAAUACCACAUCUACAACAUUGGCGAGAAAGGCAUCGCGAUGGACCGGAUCAUUUAUUACACCUCUCAGAUCACGAUGGGAAUGCUGCACCUCCAUGCCAUGAACAUCGUUUAUCGAGAUAUGAAGCCGGAGAACGUUCUCCUGGACAGCCAAGGGCAGUGCCGACUGUCAGACCUCGGCCUCGCCAUUGAGCUUCAGCCUGGAAAAACUACGACUCAGAAGGCCGGGACCGCAGCAUACAUGGCUCCUGAGAUCCUAACUGAGGCACCGUACAGGACGUCGGUGGACUGGUGGUCUCUGGGGGUCAGUAUUUAUGAGAUGGUGGCCGGCUACACACCGUUCAAAGGCCCUGAAGGCAAAAAAGUGGAAAAAGAAGAAGUAAAACGGCGCAUCAUCAGUGAUGAGCCAGUUUUUGAGCAUAAAAACUUUGAUCCUCUCACUAAAGACAUCAUCCUGCAGUUCCUGAAGAAGAAAAUGCACGAACGCCUCGGCUGCAAAGAUGACGAUCCCCGGAAGCACGAGUGGUUCAAAUCUAUUAAUUUCCCCCGCUUAGAGGCAGGACUCAUUCCUCCACCGUGGCUUCCCAAACCCAACAUUGUCUACGCUAAAGACACCAGCGACAUCGCCGAGUUUUCCGACGUUAAAGGCAUUGAGUUCAACGCUAAAGAUGAAAAGCUGUUUAAAGAGUUCAGCUCAGGUGCCAUUUCCAUCCCCUGGCAGAAAGAGAUGAUCGACACCGGACUUUUCGAUGAGCUUAACGACCCGCACAGGAAAGAGUCUUCUGCUGAACUGGACCAGGAAAAGAAAUCAGGCACAUGCACACUUCUGUAAACAGACACACAACGCCUCUUUAUUCUGAACAUAGGAGGAGCACUAAUGAUCGAGAACAAAAAUGGCUCUCUGGUCAUAUAGGAGUGUAGAUAGGACUG